UUCUGUUUUUUUUUUUUACAUAUAUCAUGUUUAACCGUUUUUUCAAAAGGUUUACACACUUUUAUAAUUCUUGCUUAAUGGAAACCGAGAUCGUGACACAAUUGUCUGACAAUGAGGCCCCUGAGUCCUAUGGCGUAACAGAGGCAGAACAUGGUGGAAUCACCGAUCAAGAAAUUCACAUGGUAAAGAGCAUUCUUGCACAACAGUUGGAGAAAAUUGAAACAGCCGAAACAGCAGUAGCAGCAGCAGCAGCAACAACAGCCGAAACAACAACAAAAGAAGAAUCAGCGGCAGUAACAACAGAAGCUCCUUCUCUUCCCAACACUAAAAAAGUAGGACGUAAUGAUCCUUAUGCAGGUUAUUUAGCCCCUAAUGGUCGAAAUAAGCGACAGAGAAAAAAGAAAAUAUUGGAACAGGAACCUGUUGUGAUAGGUAAUAUAGAACCUGUAGUAUCGCGAGUGUACAAUGGUGUUGUGGUGUCGUAUACACAAUAUACGAUACCCCCUGGCAUGGCAAAAUAUUACAGCCAAAGAUAUGCUUAUUUCUCGAAAUUUGAUCAGGGCAUUUUAAUGGACAAAGAGGGUUGGUUUUCUGUGACACCGGAAAAGAUUGCAAGACACAUUGCACAAAGAUGUCAAGCGGGUGUUGUGAUUGAUGCAUUCUGCGGAUGCGGGGGUAAUUCGAUCCAAUUCGCGCUUACGUGUGAACGCGUGAUUGCAAUUGAUUUAGAUCCUGUCAAAUUGCAUUGUGCCCGAGAAAAUGCUAAAAUCUAUGGUGUUGCGGAUCGUAUUGAAUUCAUCCUGGGUGAUUUCUUUGAUUUGGCACCGCGUUUAAAAGCAGAUGUGGUAUUUUUGUCCCCACCGUGGGGUGGGCCCUCGUAUUUGACAGAAGAAACGUUUGAUUUGAAAUCAAUGAUACCCGGAGAUGGAUUAAGAAUCCAUCAGAUCGCUUCCCAAAUUACACCCAAUGUCGCGUUCUUUGUACCUCGUAACACAGAUCCUCAACAGUUGGCUCGACUUGCUGGUCCAGACAGCACCUGUGAAAUCGAACAAAAUUCAUUACAAGGCAAAAUUAAAGCAUUGACAGUUUAUUAUGGCGAUUUAAUCAAUUGGCAACGAUUAGAAAAAAUCGAGGACGAUAUUGCUGAAGAAGAACUUGUAGCUAAAAUCGUACAAUGGUAACCCAUCCCCCCCCCCCUUUUUUUUUGGUUAUUAUUUGGUCUCCAAUUUUCUUGUACAUAUAAAGAUAAAUAAAUUGAAAUGUAAGGGGUUUUUUAUAGUAUAUAUGUAUAUAUACACACACAUCUCUCCUUUGUCGAUCCCCUG